CCACUCACCUCUACUUUCACUUUCAGUCAUAUUUCUCACCUCAAGCCCUCUAAAAGACCCCAGCGUCUGUUGCAGCAGUGCACGGAUCAUGUGCGCUAAAAGAAACUGUGGUAAGCUAUGUGUUGUCUGUUAGUCUACAGUCUGCACUUGUAGCUGAAUGAUGUUUCAGUUUUUGCUCAUCGUCUCUGUCAUCUCUCUUUCUGGAGCGAUGGAGAGCGGUAUUAUUGGAGGAAAGGAAGUUGAACCUCACUCCAGACCUUACAUGGUGUCUCUUCAAAUGUACAAUACCCACAUGUGUGGUGGGAUGCUGAUCAGAAAGGACUAUGUGUUGACUGCUGCUCACUGCACAGACCUAAUUAAACAGUCUGAGAUGAGCAAGCUGGAAGUGGUCCUCGGAGCACACAACCUGAAGAAAAAGGAACUUUUCCAGCAGAGAAUUCCAGUGCAGAAAUGCAUUAAGCAUCCCUCUUACAAGCACCAAGAAGUACACCAUGAUAUCAUGUUACUGAAGCUGAAAAACAAAGCCAAGAUCAACAAGUUCACGAAAGAGAAGGCUCUGCCGAAGACGAAUGAUAAGCUUCCAGCCAAUCAGAUGUGCUCUGUAGCAGGCUGGGGCUUUACGGCACCAAAUGGUCCUCCAUCAAAUGUUCUGCGAGAGGUUUCACUCAAAUUACAGUCUAACAUUGAAUGCAAGCAUAUAUGGCAGAACCAUUUUAACUUUCAGCAAAUGAUCUGCACCGCCUCUGAUGGAAAAAGGUCUUUUUGUAAGGGUGAUUCAGGAAGUCCUCUUAUUUGCAACAAUCAACCACAGGGAAUCGUUGCGUUUGCCAACCUUACUGACUGUCGGAAGGGUCCACAGGUUUACACAAAGAUAGGCUUCUUUCUUCCAUGGAUUGAAAAAGUCAUAGGUUAGAAAGUGUAAAGUGUACAUGUACAGUGUGUAUCAUUUUCUUCAUUUUCUAUUCCAGACAACCACAAUAAUAAAUGUCACAUUGCAAACAUCUUAU